UGCGCAAAAAAUGAGUUGAAAUGCCAUGUUUGCAUUUUAAUACAGAGAGAAAGAAGCUGAUUGAUAGAUCAUUAUAGACAUACUUUUGACGGUACCCGCGUUAAUCUUCUACCUUGGCGCGGGCUGAUAUUACAUUAAUCUAGAGUGUCCUCGGUCUUCAUUUAAAAAAUCAAUCCUUCCAGUCACAUUCCUGUAAAGUUAUUCCUCCAAAAGUGAGGACAGGAAGGCUAAACCUUCAGAAGAAGACCAAUUUGUCAUAUCGUCGAUUUUCAUCUAGUCUUCAGUGAGGGUAUUUUUGCUAUUUCGCCUCCAUUUUUAGGUGUUUUUUCCGAGCGGCCCGGGUCAUCAUCUUCUUCAUCAUGAUGCUACGAUGUGUGGUACAUGUAAACACACCAGCCUGCAAGCUAUCUGACUCAUUCAGAACUCAACUGGCGACAAUGGUUGCGAAACGAUAUGAUCUUCAAACAGAGAACAUCAUUGUUUUAAUUCGAGAAGGCCUUCGCCUCAUGCGAGCAGGGACCAAGGAUGCUUGUGGCUAUAUCGAACUGUUUGGUUGUGAUGCUAUCUUCGACGAUGCAGAGAAAAAUAGAGAGGACACAACGGCUCUGAUUCAGCUCUUACAGAAAGAAUCAGGGAUACCUCUUGCAAGGUACGUUCCAUCACUCCUAACUACUUCUUUCCUGCACUCUAUUCUUGUUAACAUCGCAACAACUUAAUCUGGAUUUUGUCAGUCUGGGUGUCACGGGGUCACAGUAUA